AUAUAUUUCAGUGCAAGUCUGGUCGACUCAACUGCAGAAGAGCCGUUCGAUCAUUCCAUCGACAAAGGAGGGUUUGUCACGUCACUACACAUGCCGUUUGCUGUCAUGUCACUCUCGCCCAGGUACGAUGGAUGCAUCAACCAAAGAUGGACACAGAAAAAACAAAACGCUGCACAGCCGGACGUCGGCAGUGAGACCUUCAGUCAGUCAGUAAAUGAGUCAGUCAGUCAGCAGCCGCGGAGGUCGUAGCCAUGUUUUCGCUUCUUGCGGCAGGGCGAGGGCGAUCGUGAUGCGGCGCCGUUGCCAGCAGGGGCCGCGGGAGCAGCCACAGCCCGCCCACCUGACACACAAGGCACACCCACCCCCCACACACACAGAGGUCUCUCUCUGUCCCCCUUAGCACCCAAUGCCCCACUCAGUCAGUCAGUCGGUCAGAGAGUGUCGUACCUCCGUUGCCCCUCCGCCGCUUCUUGGGCGAUUCCGGCACCGCCUCCUCCGACACGUUGUCCGUCUCAGGGCUGGCCGGGGGACAGGCCAUCUCAACGUCACCACCACCACCACCACCAGCACCCGACGAGCCACCACCACCAAGCCGCUUGGACCUGCGCCGCCUCCCCGCCGAGGGCUUCUUGGCGAUGGCCUUCGCCGAGGGCUUCUUGACGAUCGCCUUGGGCUUCUUGACGAUCGCCUUGAGCUUCUUGAGGAUGGGUUUCUUGACGCGUCGUCCACUGGCAGCGGCGGGGGCGUGCGUGUGUGUGUGUUUGGGGCAGGUUGGUGCAUGGCGGUUGAUGCGGUGCUUCUUGUUGUCUUUGGUGACGGGCAGGUAGCCGAGCUGCUCGGAGGCACAGGCGAGGUGCAUGCGGCUCUUGCAGCCUGAGGCAUGGCAGCCUGCAGACAGACAGACAGACAUAAACGACUCGUCUGGUGUGGUCUGGUGUGGUGGCUGGUGGGUUUGCUUACACUUGAGAGUCGCCCCGAGUUUCUUGCAGAUGACGCACUUGUGCUUCCGCGCCUCCUUGAUCGCACUCGCAGCAUUGAACCACCUGACGCACGCCCAAGCAAGCACACACAAAGGCAGUCACUCGUGUGUGUGUGUGUGUGUGUGUGUGUGCCUGGAUGUCUGUGUCUGUGUGUGUGCUGUCCGAACCGUGAGCCGUCAGUAUUUGAGACACAGUGAGUGGACGAGUAGAGGCACUGCUCGUGGGCCAUGUGGCGCUGGCCGUCGUCCGUCUCAAACACCCCCACCAGCGGACGCUCGAAGCUGCACACACCACCACCCACACGUGUGUGGAGAGUUCCAUCCAUCCACCGCUCGGUGGCUUACGUGUGCGCGCCGCCGCAGAAUGAGCAGUUGAACUUGCCGUCCAUGAGCCGCUGAUGCUCACUGCAACAUCCGCUCAUCCAAAUGGUUGGACUACCGAGCGUGUGUGCGUGUGUGUGUGCGUGUGCGUGUGCGUGUGUAUGUGUCUCUCUACUUCACUUCCCCCCGCUGCCUUGCUCCCUCCCUCCCUCCCUCCCUCCCUCACGUGUGUGACAGCCCGGUGAGGGAGUCCUCCUUGCAGGUCUUGGCGUCGAACUCGGUCUUGGCGUCCACACCCGCGUCGAUCCACUGCUCCCCACUGCCGUCGACGAACCACUGCACACACCCCAUUCCCAACACACACACACACACACAGACCGUGUGUGCUGAAGAGUGAGUGUGUGUGGCCCGGUGGGUCUGGUCUGUCUGCUCACCUUGUGCAGCCCCUGAGUGGAAGUGACGCCGCCUGCGAUAGCGUCGAUGAUCCUCUGGGCCUCACGCACACCACUGUGGUAGGCCCCAUGGACCGUGGCGGGGUAGUGCUUGCAGGUGUGCUCGCCUGUGGGCGAGUGUGGUUGUGGUGUGGGGAAAUACACGAACACAAUCCCGUAGGACUCUCUCUCUCUCUCCCUCUCUCUCUCUCUGUGCGGGUGUGUGUGGUUACCUGCGAAGAGGCAUCUGCCAACGGGCAUGGAGAGGAGGUCGUAGUCCAAGCAGGAGCUGCCGGGCGGGAUGUAGGAGUAGCUGCCUGUGGGGUGGGUGGGUGAGGUGGACACACACGACAGACACACGGAUAUAUGGGAUAGAUAGAGGGGUGCUUAGAGGGAGGGAGGGAGGGAGGGGAGGGGAGGGUGUGUGUGUGUGUGUGUGUGUUUCCCACCUCUGGCACGAAUGUCCUGCCCCCAUUUGGUCCGCAUGAAGUGGGUCGGCUCGGGCACCUUGACCUGUUUGCCGUACACCUUCCGCAACACCUGCACACACACACAGAGAGAGAGGUGGGCUGCACCGCACAGACCGCACCGUACCUGGAGGCACUGUUUCUUGAGCGUGUUGUCGUCCAUGGCCUCACUCUUCUUGCCCAGCUCAGCCGGCAGCUGCACACACAACACACACACGUCGCCAUGUGUGUGUGUGUGUGUGAGUGGACGACGCACACACACAAUGAAGGCGUGGCGUACCAGUGCGAGGAUGGCCGGCUUUGGGUGGCAGAGAAUAAAUUCGAAGAACCAGCCCUUCUCCUGGCCGCAGUAACCUGACGACACACACACGCACGCGUGCCCACGACCGAAGGCACAGGUACCUUACCUAUGUGCCGCUUGGCGGUGGCUUGGUCCCACCACACCUCGUCGAACACAAGCCACACCUUACAAACAACAACACAACACAACACACACACGCACAACUCAAUCCAAUCCGCCUCAGUCCAUCCCAUCUCACCCACCCACCCACCCACCUUGUUGAGCAGUCCGACUCCCAGCCUGUCGAUGGCCUCGGUCUUCCACUGAGGCAGCGGCGGCUCGUACGUCACCGUACCUGGAGGGAGGGAGGGAGGGAGGACAGGCACACCAGACACAACACAGCGACACACACAUACGUCCCUUCCCUUUGUGUGUGUGUGCGUGUGUGUGUGUGUGUGUGUGCACCGUUGUCCUUGGCCCGUCUGGUGGGCGACUCCGAUCGGUUGCUAGAGCCGCCUGUGGCGGCGGCCUCGACGGACUUCUUGAGCACGCCUAACACACACACACACACACACACAAAGGGACGGAGCACUCAGUCAGUACCCAGGAAGUGCGCAGGGUGUCCGUCUGGUACCCAGCGGGCAGGUGUCUAUGACAAAGUCGAACUCCCCAAUGGGCUCCAGCUGGCCGCUCUUGUACAAGAGCACCUUGUCGCCCACACGGCAGACCUUCCGGACGGCCACACCUGGCAGGCAGGCAGGCACCACACACAGACACAGACAGACAGACAGAGGGUAUGGCUGUGUAGUGUGGUGUGGUGUGUGGUGUGGUGGAGGGAUGGACGGUGUCGCGUCGCGCGUACCGAAUUGGACGUCGACGCCCUCAGCGAGCUUCUCGGGGAUUUUCUGGUAGCCGUCCUUGAUCAUGACGUGCGGGCCGGGGUAGGCCGUUUCAUCGUCCUGGAGGACGAUGUGUCAGGCAGGCAUCAGACAUCAGACACACACACGAAUGUGUGCGGUGUGCGGUGUGCGCAGACACAUUCACAACACAACACAGGCCGGCCGCUCGCUGCGCUGCGCUGCAUUGUCUGUCACUUCACUUACGGCGUGCCACUGCUUGAGUGAGAGGGCUUUGUGGUCCGCGCCGGUGCUGUACUCGUCCUGGGACUCAUGCCACUCCCACACACGGCGGGCAAGACCCUCCUCUGACACACACACACACACACACACACAGAGAGAGAGAGAGAGAGUGGCCGUGUGUGUGCUUCUGACGCACCCUACCCUUUGCUUUGUACUGCUCCAUGGCCCCCCCUGUGGACAGCAUGAGCUGCUCCGACAUCGGCAGAUCGCUCGCCGCCUCUUCGGCCUCCUGUAAGGUAGGUAAAGGUGUGACGGUCCCGUGUAUCUAUCGGGCUCCCACUGUGUGUGUCUGUGAUGCUCUGCUCACGAUCAUGGCGUUGUCGUAUUUCUCCUGGACCUCCCUGUGCUUGUCGGCGGGGAUGGCGAAACCGUUGAAGUCCACCAUGACUAUGUUGUCGUCCUGCAACACCACACAGGCCGGCAGGUCAGGCUCAGGUCAGGUGCAUGUGUGUGUGCUUCCCCCUCCCCUCCCCCUCCCCCCACCCCUCACUUACGCCUCGUUUGCUCUUGUCCAUAACCUGCGCGUAGGUCUCGAGCUUGAACUGGUCCGCCAGCUUCUUGACCGGAUUGCCGUCCACGCCGUGAAUGAAGGACGCACCCUGUGAUCCAUCCAUCCAUCGUCCAACCAACGCCUCUCUCAGUGACUGACUCACCUGGUCGAUGCCAUUGACGCCGCCCGCGUCAACUGAGUGCACGCGGCCGCCUACUCGGUCCCGAGGCUCGAACACCUGCACACACGAACACACGGAGGAAAAAUCCUUAAUCUGUCUGUGUGGCCCAGCCCAGCCGUGUGGCCCUGCUCACUCACUCACCGUGACCUUGACGCCCUUCUUCCUCAGCUCUGACGCAGCCCUGCCAACACAGUCAGGUCAGAGCCAUCCGCACACACAAGGGGUUACUGACUGACAUGAAUCUCGGGCGGUGUGCUCCCCUCCCCUCCCCUCCCGAGGCCCUGCCCUCUGCCUACCCCAGACCAGCCAUCCCGGCGCCAAGAAUGCCCACUCGGCAAUCCGUGAAAAUUUUGUCGUGGGACGGCAUCGAUGAGGGGUUCUUCGCCUUCGCCUGCCCUCGAGUCUGCCCUCCACGCAUCCUAGAAGGCGCGGCGGGGCUCUUUCCUCGCGCCAUUCUUAC